CAGGAGUUGCGGCCGCCGGCGCAGUCUUCGCGUACUUUGACGAGGUCUACGAGGUGCGCGGGGCUGAAACAAGGAGAGUGGGCCCGGUGCAGAAAACGAGAGCGGCCCUGGUCCCGCACGUUGUGGAAGUCGACGAGGCGGGCCGGCGCGCGCUACCCCCAGGCUGGAGGUACACGGAAGGGGGGAACCGGGUGUUUCACGCGGGCGCCCUCAGUUUUGAUGGACGGCACUGGCGCGGCGAAGAAGAGUGGGAGAUCCAGGACAGGGCGGAGGCGCACAUGGCGCUGGAGCUGCAGCGGGAGUGGCCGCAAUGGGGCGACACGCUGCGCUUAAUGGGGCAGUUGCAGAGACAGCGACCCCCACCGCCGCCGGACCAGGACGAGACUCUGCCGGCAGUGCAGGCUGGACGGCUCGGGGAAGAAGAACCCGGGUCGGAUGGGGAGUACGAACCACCGCUGGGGGAGCCCUGGGGAGACUUGCCGGGGGCUUACAUGGUGGGAUUGCCGGAGGCAAACGAGCGCCGGCGCCCCCUGAGAGAACAGCUGAGGAAGAUGGAACGGGACUGGGGCCAACAGUGGGCAGGGAUAGGACCGGAGCGGCUGCCGGUGCUGACGCAGUUUGGGAGCCGGCAGAUCACGGUCCUCAGCCUCUUCGCUGGAAUUGGUGCGGAGCUCGAGGGACUACUAAGGGCGGGGGAAAGUAUCUCCAAGUUCCUUUAUGUGCAGAUAGACCCUGUUGCCCGCAAAGUCAUGGAGCACCGCGGGCUUUCACGAGCCAACCAUCAAGCGAAGGGGCUGGAGGACCCGCGGUCGGCGCUGAUUCUCGAGGCGUGGCGCGUCAUCUCCCACAUCGCCAAGCGCCAGCAAGUGCCACCCGGUUUCAUCUUCGAGAUGGUGGACGCGGCAGAUCACCAGAGCCCGGCGGCGCGGUGGGCGUUUGAGCUGAUGGGGCGGGUCAGUGUGCUGCGGAGGGCCCGGACGCUGGGUGCGGAUAGACGCGGCGAAAAAGAGCUGCAGGCGCGGUACAGAGACUUCCAGCGGGAGUGGGUCAACGACAAGCGGGAGGCGCAGGACGUCCUGGACACCGGGCGGAUAGUUCAGGUGGCGCGAGCCAACGACGUGGAAGUUGGCCGCUACCACCCGAUGAACGUCGCCGGCGAGCCCCUGCGGAUCUUCCUCACGAGUGAACCAGCUGGCGGGCAAUUGGAGCGUCAACCCGCAGCUGGGGGGGGGAGAGGAUCCCAGGGGUGUGAAAAACCCAAGAAGAGCGAGGGGCCGGGGGGGCCCAGGGCGGAGAUCGGAGAGUUUUUACCUACAGAAGGCGCCGGCGCAGAAGAGGAGGCGGUUGAGAUCGAAGGGCUGCGCUCUCUCGCGCACGGCGGACAAGAGAUAGGGCCUGAGUGGCCGGAAGCGGUGCCGGCGGCGGCGGUUGGUCCAAACCCCAAGGAGAAAGGGUUUCGGGAGAUCUUCGCCUGGUCGAUCUACGACCUCAGCGACACGGCAAUAGAGGGGGUGGAGUUCGAAGUGGAGUUCACGGACGACAAGCCCAUCUUCGCGCCCCGCCGGCCGUUCUCCCAGUACGAACACGAGCUGUUGAAGGCCUACUGCGAGGAACGGGAGGCGGCAAAGCUGAUAACGAGGCUGAAGCUGCCAUCUGGGGUGAAAGAGCCAAACUGCGCGCCGACGGUGAUGCCACGGAAGAAGGACGCUGA